AUGGAACAGCGACUCUGCGAUGUAGCCAAUGGCUCACCAGAUGCUAUUGCUGUUCAAGGCGAAAAUGUCUCUCUCACAUACCAUGAGCUUAUUACCCAGGCGGAUAUUGUUGUCAGAGCCCUCCAGGACAAGGGACUCGAGAGUGAAGAAUCGGUUUGUAUUCUUCUCGGACCUGGCGCUGAGCAGACCGUUGUUCAAGUUGCUGUAAUCCGUGCUGGCGGCACAUGUGUGCCACUUGAUCCAGGUGUGCCUGAUAUAAUGCUAAAGGAUAUGCUUCGAGAAAUCGGUCUUCGAGUUGUUAUUACAACCAAGGAGCUGGCGUCGAGGGUUGAAGAGUUCGAGAUCAUUCUAACUGAAGAGAACCCUUCAGGAAAAGCCAAAAUGGAUGCAAAUCAGAAUGUCUCUAUAAUAGCUGGCUGCGAUGAGAAUCACCGUAGCCACAUCCUUCACACAUCGGGCACUACAGGCAAACCCAAGGGUGUCCAGAUUCCCUCAAAGGCGAUUCUUCACCUUGCAACUUGCUUGCCAGUCUCUGUUAAAGCAACGGAUAAUGUCUCUUUAUUCAACAACCCGGGGUUUGAUUUGUCCUUAUUUGAGAUGUGGGUCUCACUGCUAUCAGGGGCGACUGUCGUCCCUAUUCCCAAGACAACUUUGACAGACCCCUUCGGUAUUAAAGACUUCCUAAAAGCACAAGAGGUGACUGUGAUGAUAAUUACUACAUCACUUUUCAACGCUAUCAUGAUGCACUCUUCUCCUGACGUAUUUGGCCCUAUUCGUCAUAUGAUAGUCGCUGGAGAAGUACCGAACGCCAUGACAAUGCGGAAGGCACUUGAAAGCAAUAGCCCUCCAAAGAACCUUUGGAAUGGUUAUGGGCCAACUGAAGCGACAUGCGUUUCUACUCUGCACCGUGUGACAAUUGAGGAGACGCAGCGUGAGACUAUUAGUGCCGGUGCCCCCGUAGGCCAGACCAAAUUGUACCUGUUGAACAGGGAUGAUGAGAAGCCUGUUUACGACAAGGAAAAGCCAGCAGAGAUCUGCAUUGGAGGCCCAGGCUUGUCAGCUGGAUAUAUAGGUCGGCCCAAAGAGAAUGAUGAAAAAUUUAUCGAGAUAAAUAUUUCUGGAAGUGAAGAAAACCGGUCACCAUCUCCUGCUGACCGCUCUCCUGGUGGAAAAACAGUACGCCUAUAUCGGACUGGUGACUUGGGUAAAUGGAGAGAGAGCGGUAAAAUAGUCGAUUAUGUUGGACGAACGGAUAAUCAGGUAAAACAUAGGGGGUACCGCAUUGAACUAGAACAGAUUGAGAAAGUUCUAGAAAAGCAUGAGAGGGUGAAGGCCGCCACUGUCUUACAGCUGCAACUGGAUAAGUCCUCGAUGGGCAAGGAUUUCUUAGCCGCCUUUAUUAUAAUGGAAGGAGAAGAGGCAAAUAACGAUGAGAGUACAUUAAACUGUAUGAUUGAAUGGCUCUCAUCGAGACUACCCCCCUAUAUGCUGCCUGACACUAUCUUGCAAACAAGCGAAUUUCCACGGACACCUUAUGGGAAAGUUGACCGUAAGGCAUUAGAAGAAGAGGCUCGACACAGGCUCUCGCAAAAGGGUAAGAGUGAUCCUGAGGCCCUAAAAGAUUCAGUGGAAUAUAGAAUUUCUGGGGAACGGGACCAUGAGAGAGCGUCAAACGACUUUAAGGGAACGCUUGAAAAACUUCAUUUACUGCUUCAGGAGAUACAUCCCAUGGCUGAAAACUUUGGCCCUGAUGACGAUCUUGAAUCCCUUGGGCUAUCGUCCUUGGACACCGCCCAUUUUCUUGGUCUUAUAAACAAUAAAAUACGCCCGCUUUCAAUGGACCAGUUUCGCAAACAGUCUACAUUUAGUGCUUUAGCACAGUUGCUAAGUUAUGACUAUAAGGCUAAUUAUGGGCCUUUGGAACUGUUGCAGUUUGAAGAGGAUAGUCAUCUUGCUGAUGAAUUUGAACUUAUUCCCAAUUGGAAAUCAGAAGGCCGUGUCUUUAUGACCGGUGGAACGGGUUUCCUCGGUGGCCAGAUCUUAUACCGUUUACUGAAGAUGCCAAAUAUCAAGCAAGUGGCCUGUCUGGCUCGGGGGUACCCUAAUAAGGGCAUCUCGCCACUCGAUAGAAUACGGAAGAAUCUGGAAAGGUAUGAUUUAUGGGAUGAGGUUGAGCUUGGUCCUAAGUUGCAGACGAUGGUUAUCGCGUUGGAUGGGGAUAUAACCCGUCCGCAGCUCGGCAUGAAAGAAACCGACUAUCAAUGGCUUGUCAACUGGGCGCCGGUGGUGUUCCAUAUCGCUGCCAAGGUUAAUUGGUGCGAGCCGUAUAAAACUCAUUUUGCGCCCAAUGUUAUCGGAACAAAAAACGCGCUUCGUGUGGCCGUAGAUGGCAGACGGAAAGCCUUCCAUUACAUAUCAAGUAUUGAUAUAUGGGGCGUCUCGGGAUUUAUUCUGGGAACCAGGGCAGUUUCUGAGGAUGGUCCGCUCAAGGUUCAUCUGGCGUCGCUGGCUUUUGACACCGGAUAUGCUCAAAGCCAGUGGGUGGCGGACGAGAUGGUUCAACGGCUCCAAAAUAGAGGGCUCCCAGUGACCAUAUACCGACCCGGUUUUGUUGUUGGUGACAGCAAGACAGCGGUCGGGAACCCGGAUGAUUUCUUUUCACGAAUGGUCAUUGGAUGUAUUCAACUAGGGUACUGGCCAGAGUUGCCAGAGCAGAAUAUGGAAUUUGUCACCGUGGACUACGUUUGCGACGCUCUUCUCUAUAUUGCCUCUAACAACGACAACGUCGGUCGAAGGUUCAAUCUCACUUCUCCAGAUCCUCAGAAGAUUACAAAUAUGGAUAGACUUCAUAGGCUUAUCAAUGAAGCAGGGUAUCCAGUCAAAAUGGUGCCUUACGACGAUUGGAUAGGUAAGCUGAAGUCAUGGAAGGCUCUUAAAGAAAGCCCACUGUUUUCUUUGAUGCCGCUCUUGACUGAGCCAAUUUUGCGUGGCGCAACACGUCUCCAGACUAGCAAAUAUUCACCUACCUACGAAUGUCCCAAUACUUUAAAAGUGCUUGCUGAUCGACCAGAUAUUCAGUUUACCAGGCUAAGCCCGGAGCUGAUAAAGCGAUUUAUCGAGUUUUGGAUUAAAAAAGGCUUCCAUCGAAUUUGA